AUGGCUGCUUUUAUUAAGGCGGUUAACGCGAAGAUCCGAUCGAACCCUGUGUCGAACUAUAUCUGCUCGACACACUUCUGGGGUCCCGUCUCCAACUUCGGCAUUCCCUUCGCCGCGGUCAUGGACACACAGAAAAGUCCUGAGCUGAUCUCGGGCCCAAUGACCUUCGCCCUUUGCGUGUACUCAGCGACCUUCAUGCGGUACGCGCUGGCUGUCACGCCGCCCAAUUACCUCCUCUUCGCGUGCCACUUCGUAAACGAGUGCGCCCAGCUCACCCAGGGCUACCGCUACCUCAACUGGCAUCACUGGGGUGGGAAGGAGAAGGCUGGAUUCGUGGAUACUCCCAAGCCGAAGGAGGAGCAGAAAUAA